AUGAUGAACGAACUGAUGGAAAUUCGUGCGCAAGGCACGGACAGUGAAGCUGUUGAUCGUCUAAUUGCCGAAAUGAGAUCGAAAGCAUCAUGUGAUGAUGCUGUUGUCGUCGAGUGGGGUGGAUUCAAGUCAACCGUUGAGGACGACAAAGCGCGUCAAGUUGUGCAAGGUUGGCAACAGGUCCAAAGCGAGUUGGCGCAAUGCCAGACUCCGAAAGAGAGAAUGGCUCUUUAUGAGAAGCAGUUGACGGAUACAAGAGACGCGCUUGAAAGAAUAUCAGAUCUGAUUCGUAGGAAAACAUCGGAUAACGCAGAUUCUACGGUUUUACAAUCAAUCAAAUCGUAUCUGGAGUUUCUGAAAAUGCUUGGGACAGCUUCAAGAUAUCUAGCAAUGAUUGAGAAUGCAAAAUCCGAAAAGAGAUCAAAGCCGCAAGAUUUCCUACGUCUUUACGACUCAGUGAUUGAGGUGUACAGAGAGCUCCUCCAGCUACCUGGUGUGGAACACGAUAAGAACCUUAUUCAAGCUGUCUCAGCGAAAAUAGAGUAUUACAGAGCGUUUAGAUGUCAUCAUAUGGCCGCUGCCUACUCCGCGCUGUCUCGAUUUGGGGAGGCCGUCGCUCUCUUUGAAAGGGCUCUAAAACGCACGAAUGAUGCAAAAGGGAUGCUUUCGAAGCUCAAAGGUAGCACAUACAUGCAGGAGGAAUCUGAGGAGGCUCUCAAUAACCUCGCUGCUGAAAUUGAACACGCACGCAUAGCAGCUAAAGCGAAACGUCUGGCAUCAGCAGCCGGAGUUGCUGACGAAACCGAUGAGAAAACGGCUGCUAUUAUUGAUGACAGGCCGUUGAUUGAUACGCUCACCGAGUGGAGGCAAUGGGAUGUAGCUGGUGCAUUGAAAGAGAAGCGCAACAUUCCCAUAGCAGAGAUGCCACCAGCAUUCAUCCUGAUGCCGAAUAAACCAUUGUUCUUCGACCUGGCAUUAAAUCACAUCAAG